GUCAACAUGCUCUACGCAAUAAUCAUAAUUGGCUCAUGGCUCAUGACAACUUGCGGAAUUUUUGUGUUUUUGACUUUGUCAAACACGGAAAAACCAUUAGGAUAUGGUCGAUACAGUGAUUCAUUGGCCACAACUCGAACACUUCCACCGACUAUUUCAUGGAUGAUUCAAGGAUUUCCAUCAUUUAUUAUUCCAUUCUAUUUAUACUGGACAAAUCAACAUUUGACAGAGUAUGGAUCAUUUCUGACAUGUCUUAUGACUUUUCACUAUGCCUAUCGUUCAUUUGUCUAUCCAUUCAUUAUCAACUCGGAUAAUCAGAGUCCCGUCAAAAUAGUGAUAAUGGCUUUUGGAUUCUCUGUGUUAAAUGGAUUUAUUCAAGGAACGUGGAAUGCAUUUUAUCAACCCGAAUUCGAUACACUACAUCCUAAAUUUUUCGUAUUUCUUGGGGCUUGGCUGUUCGUGAUUGGAUUCAUAACUCAUUGCGUUUCUGAUCUUCAUCUCAUCACUCUUCGCAAUGAUUACCUGAAUAGUUACAGUAUUCCACGGGGACACUAUUUCGAAUACAUUUCUUGUCCAAAUUAUUUUGGUGAAUGCUUGCAAUGGAUCGGUUAUGCACUGGCUGCUCGUAGUUUUCCGGCAAUUGCCUUCGCAUUCUUCAUUGUUUGCAAUCUGGCUCCACGAGCAAUGUCACAUCAUAAAUGGUAUCAGAAGAUGUUUGGAGAACAAUAUCCACGUGAUCGUCAUGCUUUGGUUCCCGGAGUUUGGUAGAGGAGAAAGAGUUCCAUUAAAUCAAUUAUUUGUUUUUCUCAAUUUAACUUGAACGAUUUUCAAUUAAACAUUUUUCGUUUCA